AUGUCGAGUACGGAAGAGAAGCCAGAAAUAGGUAAACACACAGCAUCUGGUAUACUUACUCAACACUUUUUCUUAUAUAUUUCGCAUAUAAAGCGAGCAUUUGACAAUUUCAAUCAAUGUAUGGAUAAAGCAAUUGUUCAGGCUUGGAUUAAUAAACUAAUGGAGUGCCCUCAUCCGAACAAUUUUAAAGCAGCUAAACGUAAUAUGUAUUUGGCACAGUUACUAAUACAUUUAUAUGACGGAAAGUUACGAGCUCCGUUUACGCGAAUGCCAUCUAAUGGACCCUUAGAGACCUUUGACGAAUUACCGUUUUACGGAAAACCGGAUACACUUGGGGAAAAUGACGGAACUCCUGAAGUAUUCAACCGAGAAUUACCAUUAGAUGAACUUAAUUAUAUUUCAUCGGAUGAACGAACAUAUAUAGCCGUUCAGAGUUUAAAUGAUGGCUUUACAGUAUUUGGAUAUGUAGCAGUUACCAUUGGAAAUGUAUGUACGGAUCCGCUGUGGUUGAAUUCCCGAGGAGAAACUAUUAAAAGUCCAAUACCUACUUCUCGAGAUUUACCAGUGAGCACUCCUUUACCAAAGAACUCACAAGAACUUGAGUUAGUCUCAAUUGACAAGCAGGCAAGCAAUGGCCUGGACAUUUUAGUAAAAGAAAUCUGGGAUGUGUUAUCUGGACGACAUAACCCAGACAUCCGGGAACGUGCUGGUGGUUUUUAUCUCACGCUGUAUACUACUAUCCAACAAGAAAUGCUCAACGAACAGAAUAAUCUAUGCUCGACCAAAUGUCAAGAUCCUUUUGUUAAUAGACUGAUAUUUUUCUUGGUGGAAGAUUUAAUGGCCGAGGGUGUACGUGACACCGAGGCAUUCCAUCGAUUCAAUCAACUAUCAAUGUUAAAAAAACGAAUCAAAGCUAUUAUUGUUGAAAUUGAAAACAGACGACGUGUUUUUGAAGAAGUCAAAAAGUCAAUAAUAAUGCCUAAAAUGCAAUUUUAUCUACAUCCAUCGAUCUACUGUUCAAGCGUUAUAUCUGAGAUAAUAUUACAGGAAACACUUAAAAUGGGCCCAGAAUCCACCAAUUUUCUAUUCACAGAGUAUCCUUUAUGUGUGGUAAAAAAAUUUAAGAUAAUGAUUGUUAAUGAAAAAAAACGCAUAAUGCAGUUAAUCAAAAUACGUUUGGACAGUGUAACAGGUGAGAUGUACAAAGAUUUGAGAGAAUCGAUACGAAAAGGUUUGCGUGACUAUCAAGCCGCUCGAAAUGAAUGGCUCAGAGCUUGGCGAGUAAUCAAAGAAUACGAAGAAGCAUUAAAGAUUAAAGACAAAUUGACAUUGACUGUAAAUUACCAAAAUAUCAACGAAAAAUUUUUGGAAAUAAUAAAAAAUGAAAUUGAUAUAGCCAAAAUUCGUUUUAAGAACACUAAAGAAAAAAAUAACAUACUUCAAAAUGAAAUUUAUUCGCUGAAUAAAAAGAUACAUGAACAAAAUAAUAUAUAUAUAUCGGAAACAAUCCACUCAGAAGAACAAAAAAAAAUGUAUUUAAAUGAAAUAACAAAUAAAAACAUAGAAAUACAACUCAGGAUAGCUACCAUCGAUCAUCUGAAAUCUAUUAUCUCCAUUGACUAA